AACAAACCUGGUCUGUCGUUCUCGUGAUCACUGAUCGGACUACACAUCUUUUAAAGCUAGCAUUUGAAGGAAGCACUAAUGGGGGUGAAGGCAGCAGGAAGUGUAUUUUGGGUAUCUUUUCUGGUGCUGUUUCCUGUGGCAGUUCAACUAUGUGUGACCUACAAACACAGAGAAAUUUGUGGCGUAGUGGGCUCAUCUGUGAACUUUUCCUGCUCCUACCCCAAACAUUUGCAGGUGACGUCAACACCAGGAUGGUCCAGAAAAUUCAGUCAUGACAAUAAACCUCAAAUCUUGAAAAAUAAGCCAUCUUAUUUGGUUCGAAUGACUGCAGUUAAACAUAGACAAAAUGAUUGCACUAUGAUACUCAAUGACUUAAAAAAGAGUGAUGCAUCCAUUUACUAUUUUACAUACAGUUUUAGAAAUGGAAGAUAUCAGAAAAAAUGUUUAGGCGUCCCUGGUGUGAGACUCAACAUUUUUAAGUCUCCUGUCAACAUCCUGGUGAAGAAGCUUGUUCUGGGACAGUAUGAGCCUAUUGCAGAUUGGAAAGUGGCGGUGGGUCAGAGUAUACUGCUGACUUGUGCCCCCACCUGCACUGCAAAUCUGAAGUCCAACCCAGGCUACAUCUGGUACAAGAACCAUCUGCAAUUAAAUGUCAGCAGAUGGAACUCGUCCUUAUUGUCUUUGGACUCAUUCAGUAAUGAGGAUGCAGGCAUUUACUUCUGUGUCAUGAAUGGCUUCAAAAACCUCCCUUCGUCUGCUGUUAAGCUCGUCCAAGGACCCAGAAACACUGUGACAUCAACUGAAGAUAAUAAUGAUCCACCUGAUGGCCCAAAAAAGGUACCAACUCUGUGUGAUGGACAGAACUGCACAGACCAACUCAACCCGACACCCAUAUUUACGUUCUUCAUAAUACUUGUAGUCAGUUUUUGUGCAGGAUUGUUUUUUUCAAUUUUAGCGGCAAUGCUAGUCUUGAAAGUAAAUAAGAAGAAGAGCGGAAGAUGUGCUGGUUCAGUCCCCCGGCUACCCAACCCCAACAAUGACUCCUACAUGACUCUGGAUAUCAACUCCAUGUCUUCUGAAUAUAACAUACUGGACCUAGAGAGACGCGACUCAGCUGGCACUAUUUAUGAGAACGGAAGUCUUUUGCAUAUGCAUUUAUAA